AAGGGCCGCCUUUUAUGGUCUGAGGAGGAGUGGCCCAGGACUGGGAGGUCACUCGACAGCUGGACUGUUAGCACAAGCGCUCCGAACCCAGGGCUCCGCCGUCCAGCACUCUGCGGCGGGCACCGGUCCCAGGCGCACACUGGUGCUCCAGGCGUGAGUUCUGGCCAGCCGUGGCAGCGCCCGUCUCCUUGUCGGCUGAAGCCAGUAAGCCCUGCAACUCCCUUCAGGUAAGCCACAUGCGUCCCGAGGUCACCUGCCCGUGCAGGGGCCUCCAGGCGAGGACCUGGAUCGAGCCCGUGGUGGCCUCGACCCAGGUGGCAGCCUCGCUCUACGACGCGGGGCUCCUCCUUGUGGUGAAGACCUCCUUCGGGGGCGGCGGUGAGACCAACCACAGCUCCGGUGCGACGCCGCGGAGUGCCCAGGAGGACAGCCAGCAGACGGCCAUCUCCAACUUCUACAUCAUCUACAACCUGGUGGUGGGCCUGACUCCCCUGCUGUCCGCCUACGCCCUGGGUUGGCUCAGUGACCGUUUACACCGCAAGAUCUCCAUCUGCGUGUCGCUGCUGGGCUUCCUGCUCUCCCGCCUCGGGCUGCUGCUCAAGGUGCUGCUGGACUGGCCCGUGGAGGUGCUGUAUGGGGCGGCGGCGCUCAGUGGACUGUGCGGUGGCUUCUCGGCCUUUUGGUCCGGGGUCAUGGCUCUGGGCUCCCUGGGCUCGUCCGAGGGCCGCCGCUCGUUGCGCCUCAUCGUCAUUGACCUGGUCCUGGGCCUGGCCGGUUUCGGCGGCAGCAUGGCCUCGGGACAUCUCUUCAAGCAGAUUACUGGGCAUGCCGGCCAGGGCCUGGUGCUAACUGCCUGCAGUGUGAGCUGUGCCAUGUUUGCCCUGUUCUACAGCCUUUUCGUGCUCAAGGUCCCUGAGCCUGCGGCCAAGACCAGCAAGCAGCUCUCCACCGUGGAUACGGUGUGUGGGACGGUGGGCACCUACCGCACCCUCGAUUCAAAUCAGGUGGACAAGCAGAACAUGGCGGGGCAGCCUCCAUCCCCCAGGAAAGCAAAGUCGCAGAAAACCAUUAUAGCCCUGCUGUUUGUGGGGGCCAUCAUUUACGACCUGGCAGUGGCCGGCACCGUGGAUGUGAUACCCCUUUUCGUUUUGAGGGAUCCUCUGAGCUGGAACCAAGUGCAAGUGGGCUACGGCAUGGCUGCGGGCUACACCAUCUUCAUCACCAGCUUCCUGGGCGUCCUGGUCUUCUCCCGCUGCUUCCGGGACACCACAAUGAUCAUCAUCGGUAUGGUCUCCUUUGGGUCCGGAGCCCUCCUCUUGGCGUUUGUAAAACAGACCUACAUGUUCUACAUUGCUCGAGCCAUCAUGAUGUUCGCUCUCAUCCCCAUCACCACCAUCCGUUCAGCCAUGUCCAAACUCAUAAAGGGAUCCUCUUACGGAAAGGUGUUCGUCAUGCUGCAGCUGUCCCUGGCUCUGACCGGGGUGGUCACAUCCACCAUGUACAACAAGAUCUACCAGCUCACCAUGGACAAGUUCGUGGGCACCUGCUUUGCUCUCUCUUCCUUUCUGUCCUUCCUGGCCAUUGUCCCAAUUGGCAUCAUGGCCUAUAAACAAACCCAGUGGUUACCAUAUGGAGACAUCCAGGAGAAAUGAACAUGGUAACCCAUGGGAGCUGAAAACACCAGCAAUGACCAGGUCCCCUUAAAGGUGAAGGAAAUGGGGAACUGGUGACCAAAGCACUACUAUCCAAGAAACCCAAGUUGUAGCUGGAGUUUGCCUCAGAAUCCAAGGUCCCUCCUGGGUGGGUGGGGAAAGCAUUUUCCUGGUGACAGAACUUUCUCAGCUUUCAGAUGUCUCUAUUAGGCAAGAGGUUGGGUCCUGCACACAGCAGAGUCAAAGUUUACCAGGGCCGUAGGUAGGCUGCACACACAGCCAUCACUGGCACCAUCAAACUUCUGUCUCCAGCUGCAGCCAACCAGCCCCUUCCUCUCCUUUCAUGGGUUGUCCUGAGGGCUCCAAGGUGUGGCUAACAGGGAUGGCUGCCUGGGUCCUGUGCCAGAAGUCCUGUGGGAGGUUUCAAACAAAAGCAUGCAUUCUUAACAGCCUAAGGAGGCAAAAGGAAGGAAUGUUUUGGAAGAGUUACCAAUGGUUUUGUAUGAACAACAGAAUCUUAAAACCUUGGGGAAAAUUUAGCUUUCUUUCCUGAGACCUGGUUACCUGUGAACACUCAGGAAAGUCAUAGAGCUCACACCCUUGGCUUCCAGUUAAAUGUUGCUGCUAUGGUUGCUCUUAGAAAGAAAACAAUUGGGGACUCUUUUUGACAGAAUAUUUAAUUGAAUACUUAGUAAGACUUGCUAAGGUCAGGGAGGGAGGGUAUCAAGGGAGAGCAGAUACACUAAGAGCCAUUUGAAUUUGUACUUACAUUUAAGGUUUAUUGAACUCAGAUUUGUAAAAGCAGGCUCCCCACUUUCCAAUAAAACCAACAUUCAAUAUGUGUGUGUGUGUG